CGAGGACCUAUUGCCCCCCGGCCUCGUUGCAGGCGAUGAAGUACCGUGCCAAAGCUAGCGACGGCGACGACGCUCCGAAGCCCAACGACAGCAUGGAGGUAGCCCCACUGAACAAGCCAGAAGAUGCCUCUUUGAUUCCGGUGGUUCUUGCAUGUGUUCAGGUUGACUCUCCCCCUCAGGCCACCCCUGUCGCAGCAUUCUUCCCACCAGACGAGCACCAACCUGCCCCGGCCGACCCCGCACAUGGUUUCCACUCAGUCGACGUGCCACCUGUCGGACAGGCCCUGGCAGCACAAUCUGAUGCAGCCUACAUCGACCUCCAGAUGGAGUCAGCAAACGCCGAGAAUGCGGGUGACGGAGGGGGCGCUAAAGAAGCCAUGAAAGACAGGGGCGUGGUGUUGGCGGGGACGGGGGAGGAGGGGGAGACUCUCGAGCUUGAAGAGAGGAACAUCUACACGUGGAUGGCUUGCGCGUCGUUCCAGGACAUGAAGCGCCAUCCUGUGACCAUGUUUCUGUGCCUUUGUGUCUCAUUUGUUCAAAUCGCGGGUAUCAACGUUGAUGUACCACAUUCUUGUGCGGAUGGUGUGUUUUGCUCGUCUGUGCGUUCAAGGGCCGCUUUUGCUGCUGUAUACUGGUGUGUCGGCGCUUGACUUCAAGAGCUGGGAUUUUUUCAUCUCAAAGACGUCCUUCAACAAUAUAUCGACGAAAGUGAUAGCGAUCUUCUUCGUCUUGCUCUUCAAUAUCAACGCCGUCAUUGUGAGACACAGCAGAUUGUCUUUGGGGCAGAUCGCUCAUUCCUUCCUUCCUUCCUGUCGUUUCUGUAAGGUCUCCCGCACUUUCCAGCGGGACGCUUUUCUGCUGAUUGCCAUCCCGGGAGUGCUCAAGAGUGACUUCUUCUUCGCACUCGGGAACUUCUCUAACUCUCUUUGCGUGUUGCUGUGCUGCGCGUCGCUCCCCCUGAUUUUUUGGCGAUCUGAAGGGGUUCAGGAUGUGGUGUUCGACGCCCUUGGGACCAUAUUCUUGUUUAAUCUCGUGAGCAGAGAUCUCUUGAUGUACUGUCGUCAAUGUGCGAAGAGACACGUUUGUCUGUUUAUGUGUCAGGACAAUGUGGGCGGUGAUCUUGGCCUAAUCAGCGAGGGGCAAUGGGACGAGGUCUUUGCAUCUGUGCGCAAGAAGACAGAGGCAUUUCAGAGAGACAUGGACCACCAGCCCCAACGCAAAAAAGAACGAUCAUUCCGGAACUUUUUUCGUCGCCUCAAGAUGGCGCUGCACUCCGAGGACCCAGAGCAGAUGAAAGAAAAAGUACCGAAAAGAUACCACUGGUAUGUGCGAUACAAACAAAGACAUAAUGAGUUCGUCUCUCAUGCCUGUGUCUCUUUGAAGGGUGCCCAUCUAUUACUAUCUACUGCGGUGGGUCCUUAAAAUCCUGAUGGUUGCGCUGCCGCUUGUGUUUGCACUGUCGGCGUUUCCUCAGGAGGGCAGUAUCUCGCUGGUCGACCCCGUGUGGAUGGACGCCACACGCGCCACCGACAUCACCAUUCUCUCAUCCGAUUUGAAAGAGGAUAUUACCAGCGUGCGAGCCAUCUCGUCCGAGAGCUAUGGUGGCAAGGCGUGGGAACUGAGCUGCAAGAUUAAGAAUGCCGGCUCCAAUGGGGUUGUGUGCACAUUUCCUGCUCUCCGGGGUACCGACGCCACUAGUGAAAAAGCGGAGCAGCUGGGUACCUUGAUGAACAGAAACACGCUGCCGACCCUCAGUUUCAACAUUCGGGUACGUUGGAUGAAGGCGGCCGACAAGGCCUUUCGUCACUGUCCCUUGUGUCUCCUUUGGUGUCUGUCUGCAUUAGAUAGAGGCCGAGAAUCGCAACUUCGCCGAGCUCGAGAAGAUCUUUCACGUAUACCUAUCAGGUCGGCAGCCAUGUCUAGUCGUUGCCUUUUCACUUCCACUAUACCUGUCUCUCUCCAGGUCAUUUCCUGGGUAUUCAGCCCUCCUUUGCGCAGCUGAACACCAGUGCGGAGUUCGACAGCAGCGAUGAGUUUUACACGGACCGGCAAGUCACUGUCACCACCAGUGACAUGGGGGAUGUCAUCAGCAAGGUGUCGAUCGGCGAGCGAGACUGCAGGUAAGGGACACACGUAGGUACGAUGACAGAAGUGCUUCCAUGCUUUCAUUCAUGCACUCACUGCCCUGUAAACGACUCGGUGCAGGCUGGUCUCGCCCGACGUGUUCACCGCCACCAACACACAGGUGCGGUGCAAUGUGGCUGCCAUCACCUCGGCCAACACGGUUGAGAGCCGCGAUGUUACCGUGACCGCUGCCAACGGCAACAUGGCUGUCGGGCAGAGUGCGUUCUCAUACUUCAGCGAAGGUAUGAGACAUACAAACAUGCUCUCGCCGUAUGUGGAUCGCCGCUCUAUAUGCAUCUGUAGCUGCGGUUUUUUUCCGCGCAUUGCCAUAUCCUGCUCUGAUGGGCGAGCAGCUAGGCAUUCAAGUCAACAAAUUCGAUGACGGUGACAGAGCGCACACAGCCCCCAGCACAACCAACGCCUCCCGAUAUGUGUGCUCUCAGAUGGCUAUGCCAAUAUGGUCGGCAUCCGCUUUUACGAACGCUUUACACCCCAGAAUGACCUGACCUGUGACAACGAUGUGUCAAUCUACGCGGAGAACGACGAGAGCUACUCAACCACAUACUGCCAAAUCCCUGACGUCACAGAAGUGGACACAUGUAGGCCCACAUGUAUAAUCAAUGAAAUGGUGGUCAACCUUGCUGUCCUUUGUCACUUUCUCGGUGCAGACUGCGAGCAAGCCGGUCUUCUUUUCAACAUCAACAGGCAACUCGACUUCACCAUUCGCGUCACACUCAACCAGGGCCGUGCAACCCCCGACGCCAGCAACCCUACGCCCCCUCUGGCCACCGCCCAGCCAUCUGCUCUGCUGUCCUACCUGUGUGUACCGCCGAAUGGCACUGACACAGGGGGCAGCGUCGUGGAGGCUACAUUGGGGGUGUUCUUCAGAGACACGAGCGAAGAGAGACUCCAGCUCUCACACAUGGAGGUAACAGAGAGAUGUCCAAUCUCCAUGUGUGAGACGGUGCCCUUGUGCAGAUGGUGGUCUCCUUGGUGAAGACAUUGGAGUACUGGUACAAUAUUAGCGGCCGCGUCCGCCUCUACCACACCGACAUCGACAAUCUCAAUGUGUGGUUCAUCUUCGAAAUAUUGUGAGCUGUCAUAUCUCGAUAAUAUUUCGUAUUGUGAAUAUUUCAAUGUCAUGUACCCAUUCAGUGAGCCAAUGAUGGACUACACAGUGGCCAGCUCAAGGAGACGGAGACGCAUGCAACAACAACAGCAAACACAACCACCACAGCAGCAACAGCCAAACACGUCUCCACCAAACACCUCUCCCCCUUCCCCCAUCCCCGCCAACACUGCUGACGACCCCCCGCCUCACAACGGGACUGAGCACGAUCACAGCGGACCAGGUCAUGCCACCGAGGCACCGCCGAACAGCAAUGGUGGCCGGGAGACAGGGCAACGACAGCCGGCCACCCAGCCGGACACAACGCAGACGGCUGCACCGCCUCAAGUGCCUGGCGGGGGCAGCGGAACCAACCUCACAUCCAACAACACCCGGCCGGGACUAGACAAGGUCAGCCGAGCCGUGAACGAGAGGAGGUCCGAUCAUGUGCGUCUUUGUUGAGCAGGAUCGCGAACCAGAAGACCCUGGGGACCUUGCUAAGUCAGAAGAGGAAAUUUUCGACGCCGUAGCAGACGCAGGAUUGCUCGACACCUUCGAUCUCGCGUGGGUCAAUUCGUCAAUGGUGAUGCAGAAGCUGUGGGUGGACAUGCUGACGCAGAAAAGUCCCAUUCUCUCCCACUUCUCCCUCAAGUUUGGGGGCAUCUCUCCCGUACUGUGCUGUAGCAACAACUGUCCUUCUGCCGUUAUGGAGAAGCCGUGCAGCUAAGAUUGAGCGCCUUGAUGAGUCUCUCGUCUUCUGGCCUUUCUUUCAUGUGUGCUGCAGCUGUCUUCUUUGUCCGGCAUUUUGACGAAUGCAUGUAUUCAUUAGUAGACCGACCUUGGUCGACUCAGUGGGGUCUCUUAUAUGAUGUCUGUCGAUGGAUGAAUAUCAAUGGCCUUGCCUUCAUCGCUGCACACAAGACAUACC